UAAAGCACUCGUAAUUGGCGCACGACGCCCCCUUUUUCUUUCUCCCUUCUCCCACAAACACAACUCCCGCCGACGCAACAAUGUCCACUCAACCGCUCCUCCAACGCACAGCGACAAAACGUAUCGCACUCCCAAUCCGUGUCGAGCCAAAGGUUUCCUUCGCCAACGAGCGCACGUUCCUCUCAUGGCUGCACUUUACUGUCGUUCUCGGGGGAUUGGCAGUGGGGCUGCUCAAUUUUGGCGAUAAAGUGGGGAAAAUUAGCGCUGCUAUGUUCUCUGUUGUCGCAAUGGGCAUCAUGGUUUACGCUCUCUACACAUAUCACUGGCGCGCAGCGUCAAUAAGACGAGGUGGACGAGGUCCCUACGACGAUAGACUAGGACCGACGGUUCUUUGCGUGGCAUUGCUCAUCGCCAUCAUCGUCAACUUUAUCCUCCGCUUUACUCAACCCGAGAAUUGAUUGGAGCCAGAGUUCGUUUCUUCGGGGAAGGCCUCCAUCGUUCGGAUUCAUUCAGGGAGGUGGGCCGAACACUAUCAUUGUUUUCUCGAAACUCCCUUUCGAGUCGUAUCUUUAAUGUUGGACGUUUGGUGGAUUCAAUCCUCUAUCACAUGUACUUGUGUUCUCCCUUCACAUGCCAUGUAUCAGUCAGUCUUUUGACCAUUUGCUUUCGUUCAUGCUAUAUAUUGCCCACAAUUAUAUAUGUCGACCCUUACAGA